GUGAGCAAGCAAUGCAAAACCAUUAUCUUUUUCUUUUUUUGGGUAAUUAAAAUCAUUACUCCUUCUCUCUCUGAAUUUAUAAAUAUAAAUACCAAAGUACAGAGAGCGCAACAAAACGAGAAGCCUAGUACUAUCAACUGAAGCAAAAAGCGAAAAAAGAAACCUCUAAAACAAUAAAAUAUUGGUACCCAGAGAGCUCAGUUUGUGCCAGCAUGUCUCAAGAUUGAAGAGGAAACCCACCAUUUAUUAUUAUUAUUAUUAUAUUUUUAAUCAAUUUAAUUUAUUGCCAAAGAAUCAUUUAUUUGAGCGCAGCAGGACCAGACAGGAGUUUUAUUAAUAAAUAUGCAUAUGGGUUUUCGGUUUUGUUUGGUCUUGCUUCAUUAGGAUCAUAAAUCUUUGUCAAGAUUCUCAAGAUUGCUGACCUCUCUUAUGGCUUAAGCACUCCUUUUCUGGUUCUGUGAAAAUUGGCUCCAAUAACUUAUCCUCAGAUGAGCCUAUGGAAGGUUUGUAGAUUCUAUUGCAACAUGGUGAGAUAUUUGAAGUGUUGAGCUUUGAGUAGGAGAGUACUCAUGCUGCUGGGUUGAUCAAAAUAUUGAGUUUUGCUUGCCAAGGUGCGUAGAAAAGCUUUCAUGAAUAUCUGGGCACUGUUAAGUGAUGUGGUGCUUGGUCAUUUUUGGUGAAUACAUUUAGUUCUGGUUUCUUCAAAAUGGUUCCAUCAGGAACUCCAGUUGGCAGUUCCCAGUCUAUUUCAUCUGCAGUUCUACAAAAUAACUCUGCUAUUUUGGGGUCUCAACGAGGUCCAGUGCCUCCUCAAGCCACAUUUUCUUCAGUUAUCUCUCCAAGAGCUCCGUAUAAUAUGAACUUGAUUGGGAAUAAUGCCAGCAUUUCCACACUUUUCAGUCAAACUUUUGGGAAUGGCGCAAAAAACACCAGCCCAUCUGGCUUGAGCGGUUUCCAACGUGGAACUACUGAUGCUAUGGCUGACUCUAAUCCCCUUUCUGUUGUAUCAACUGACGUUGGCAUUAGUGCUUUGCGAUCAUCAAUUGCUGCACCAAACAUGGCAAAUUCUGGUUCAUCUGGCCAAGCCGCCCAAAACCAGCAUAUGUCAAAUUCUUCUGGAAACAUGAUGUUGUUGGAUCAGCAGCAGUCUCAAGUUCAAAAGUUUGAGCAACAAAAUUUGCAGCACAAUCAGCAAUUGAUGCAGCAGUUCCCUUUGUCACAUGGCCAAUCACAACCACAGCACCAUAUCCACUCGAAUCUAGGAGAAUUUACUGGCAUGAACUCUAUUAAGCUGGAGUCACACACAAUGAAUGAUCAGAUUGGCCCACAGCAAUCGUUGCAUUCUUUGAGAAAUUCGGGCCCAGUGAAGAUAGAGCUGCAACAUAACCAGAUUGGAAAAAGGAUAGGACCUGUCAAACUGGAACCACAUCUUGACCAAGCAAUGCUGUUGCAGCAGCAGCAGCAACAACAACAACUGCAACAGCAACAACAACAACAACAGCAGCAACCAUUCCCCAACUUUUCAGGGCAGUCUUCUCAACCUUCCAUUUCACAGAUAAAUUUUCUGCAACAACAGCGUGUUUUGCAACUGCAACAACAGCAGCAGCAACAGCUAUUGAAGGCUCUUCCUCAGCAACGCCCUCAACUACAGCAGCAGUUUCAACAGCAUAAUUUUCCUAGUCCAGGAAUGUGUGCUAGGCGUUUGACGCAAUACAUGUAUCAGCAGCAGCACAGACCAGAUGAUAACAAUAUUGAUUUCUGGCGGAAAUUUGUUGCUGAGUUUUUUGCCCCCAAUGCUAGGAAAAGAUGGUGUGUGUCAAUGUAUGGAAAUAGCCGCCAAACUAGUGGUGUUUUCCCUCAGGAUACAUGGCAUUGUGAAAUAUGCAACCAGAAGCCAGGACGUGGUUUUGAGACAACUGUUGAAGUUUUGCCAAGAUUAUUUAAAGUCAAGUAUGACAGUGGCACUUUGGAAGAACUUCUCUAUGUUGAUAUGCCUCGUGAACAUCAGAAUGGAACAGGUCAAAUUGUACUUGACUAUGCCAAAGCAAUUCAAGAAAGUGUUUUUGAGCACCUUCGUGUAGUACGUGAUGGUCAACUUCGUAUUGUUUUUUCUCCAGAUCUUAAGAUAUGCUCUUGGGAGUUCUGUGCACGGCGUCAUGAGGAGCUUUUCCCUCGAAGAUUGAUUAUACCACAGGUAAGUCAACUUGGGGCUGCUGCACAAAAAUACCAAGCUUCUGCUCAGAAUGGAGCCAACUCAUCGACUCCUGAUUUACUAAAUAAUUGUAACGCGUUUCUAGCUUCUGCUCGGCAAUUAGCAAAAACUUUGGAGGUGCCUUUAGUUAAUGAUUUAGGAUAUACAAAGAGAUUUGUAAGGUGUCUUCAGAUAUCAGAGGUGGUUAAUAGCAUGAAGGAUUUGAUGGACUGUAGCCGGGAGACAGGAAAGGGACCUAUGGAAGCUUUGGCCCAAUUUCCUCGAAGGAGCAGCACAGAUCCAUCAUCCGAGCUUCAUUUACCUCAACCACCAGAGGAGCGGCAACAGGUUGUAGGACACAAUUUGAAUAAUGAUCAUCAUUCUGUACAGGCAAGUGCUGUUCACCCUUCUACAAGCAAUGGUGCUGCAAGUGUGAACAACUCCCAAUGCCUGUCAUCCAUCUCUGGUUCUAACACAGCCAUCGUUGGGCUUCUUCGCCAGAAUUCUAUGAAUUCUCAAAUUGAGAACUUGAUGAAUAAUCCUACCAGUCCUUAUCCUGGGACUGCUGUUCAGAUACCAUCUGCUGGGUCCUCAACUACUAUGCCACCAGCUCAAGCCAAUCCCCCUUCCCCUUUCUCAUGCACAACACCAUCCUCUUCUAAUAACCCCCCUCAAAGUUCUCAAAAUGUGAUAGCAGCAUCGGCCACUAGAAAUAACAUCAGUCCAGUGAAUUCAUCGGUACAAAUCCCAGUUCAGCUGCAAUCUCAGUCAAAUGGGUUUGAUCCAAAUGAAUCCGAAAACUCUUUUGAGAAGGUUAUUCAAGAAAUAUUGAGUUCAACACAUGUAAGCACAGCAGGUAGCACAGUUGGUUCUACACAGGACAACAUGAGCACAGUUUGUUCUGCACAGAACAUGAACACAGUUGGCUCUGUACUGAACAUGUCCACAGUUGGCUCUUUACAGAACAAUAUGAACUCUGUUGGUUCUGCACAGAACAAUCUGAAGAAUGUUAAUGGGAUGGUGCAGUUUAGUCGUAAUUCAGUCAGUAACAGCAAUUGCCUAGUGAGUAAUGGUACACUCAUUACCAAUUCAGGCUUUGGCAAUGGAGGAUUUGUGAACUUGGGUGGUGGGAUUGGUCUUGCUGCCACUGCUUCUGGAAUAAGAGGUGCCCAUGGAACUAACUUUGGGCCCUUGAAUGGGAAGGCAGAUCUGCAAUUGAUGCCACAAGAUACAAGCGUGAACUAUCAGCAACAGGAAAUGACCAACCGUUUUCGUAAUGGCCUGAGAACUGUAAAUGGCUUCAAUAACCUCCCAACCGAAUGGAAAUUGCCUUGAAGAUCUUUCAUUGUGGGUUGUGCUGAUAGAUUGUGUUCAUGUUGAAAGUUGAAAGCAACAUAUGUUAAUGGAGCUGUGGUGGUGAUGGUGGUGGUGAUAAAAGGGGUUGUGCUGUGUUGAAGUGGGUUUUCGUAUUGCUGCUACUAAUGGUUAUAGGAAACUAUAGAGGAGCUUAAUGGGUUUCAAUUAGAAAAUUUACAAUAUGUUGUCAUUUAGUCGGCCUUGUUUCUUCCUUGUGUACUGAAAGCGUACCUUGUUUUCAAAAAGUUUCCCAUUUGAGGCCUGUUACUGUGUAAUGUACAUAGUUUCCCUAUCAGGGUUGUUCCUGUAAAACAGCUUCAAAAUGGGAACCAAUUUCCCGGCUUUUCUGCAGUGGAAUGGGACCACAGUCUAUAGUUACAAUGAAAUGCUGUAUUAGUUUA